UCGGCUGGGAAACUAGCGGGUACGACUGUAGCGUAGCCUAUUACAUUAUUUGUCUGGUCUACUCACAGAAGGACUGGGAUAUUCGGGACAUCAACAUGAAACGUCACCGGUUUUUAUUUGUUACCGCUUGUGUACUUUUCGCUGUGGUCUGCUCAGUGAAAGCGGAUUACUGUGAAGUGAAUCUCUGCCAUAAUGGAGGGACAUGUGUGACAGGGGUGGGGGAAGAUCCUUUCAUCUGUAUCUGUGCUGAUGGCUUUACUGGAGAGACCUGCAACCUCAAUGAGACAGGUCCCUGCAGUCCCAACCCCUGCAGGAAUGAUGGCUUUUGUGAAGUCAUCUCAUCAACCAGACGAGGUGAUGUGUUCGGUGGAUACAUAUGUAAAUGCCAGCCUGGCUUUGAGGGUGUGCACUGCCACAUCAAUGUGAAUGACUGUGAGAACGAGCCGUGUAAGAACAGAGGGACGUGUCGAGAUCUGGAGGCUGACUACAGCUGCCAGUGCCCCUCGCCCUACGUUGGAAAGCAAUGCCAGCUCCGUUGUAUUACUCUGAUGGGGAUGGAGGGAGGGGACAUCUUAGAGUCACAGAUCACAGCCUCCUCUGUGCACUAUGGCAUUCUGGGUCUUCAGCGCUGGGGUCCAGAACUAGCACGGCUUAACCAUCAGGGCAUGGUUAAUGCCUGGACUGCUGCCAACCACGACAAGAAUCCCUGGAUUGAGAUCAACAUGCUGAAGAAGGUGCGGCUGACGGGCAUCAUCACGCAGGGUGCCAGUCGAAUGGGCAUAGCCGAGUACGUAAAAUUAUUCAAAGUGGCUUCCAGCUUUGACGGCAAGACCUACACCACCUACAGAGGAGAUGGACUGACAAGGCACAAGGUGUUUGUGGGUAACACGGACAACGACAGCACUAAGUCCAACAUGUUCGACCCUCCCAUCGUGGCCCAGUUCAUCCGCAUAAUUCCUCUGGUGUGUCGCAAGGCCUGCACCUUGCGCAUGGAGCUGGUCGGCUGUGAGCUCAAUGUGUACUCCAACACGGCAGGUUGCUCUGAACCAAUGGGCAUGAAGUCCCGCCUCAUCUCUGACGGACAGCUCUCUGCGUCCAGUGCCUUCCGCACCUGGAACAUUGACACCUUCACCUGGCACCCGCAGUUUGCCCGGCUGGACAAACAAGGCAAGACCAACGCUUGGUCUGCAGCCACUAACAACCGCUCUGAGUGGCUCCAGGUGGACCUGCAGAAAACCAAGCGUCUGACAGGCAUCAUCACCCAAGGGGCCAAGGACUUUGGCGUGGUGCAGUAUGUGUCUGCCUUCAAAGUGGCCUACAGCAACAAUGGACAUGCCUGGAACGUGGUGAAGGAUGAAAACAGCAACACAGAGAAGAUCUUUGAAGGCAACGUUGACAACAACAUGCAUAAGAAGAAUGUUUUUGAUCCCCCGUUCUACGCUCAGUACGUCCGCAUUGUCCCGUGGGAGUGGCAGGAACGCAUCACCCUGCGUAUGGAGCUGCUGGGCUGUGAUGACUAGAACUGCAGAACCCAGGGGGUGUCUUCCGAGCCCACCUGGAUGGGAUACCCGGGAGUGUCAGCAACUGGCUGAUGGGGAAUGAUGGACACUAUUCCACUAGCCUAUUAAUGAAAUCUCCUGGACCACGUCAGAUCAUGGAGGGUAGAAGAUUUAUGAUUGACUUGAUCCACAUGCGGGGGAAAAAACUGUCUCUAUGCUGUAUAUGUGAUUCAAACGGGAAUCAAUCACACCGUCCUCUGUACUAGGAUUCACUGUAGAAAUCAAAUGUAUAAAAUGUACACUAAUCUUUUGUGUUGUGGACUAGCCAGGUUCUACUUUUCAUUUCUAUAUGCAAGCUUCCAUGACUUUACAUCAGUAGAAUAUGCUCCAAAUUAACCCUCUACAUCUUGUUCUUCAAAUGUUAUGCUUAUUUCUGUGACUUAGCAGAUCUCUUGUUUAAACUAAUCAGUGUUCUCCUGCUUUUCCACUGUGAGUGUGGCAAAGUGCCAAUUAUGUUUCUUUGUCAUUCUGUCUUGUAGAAUUUGGGUGCAUCUGGCAUGACUUCCUAUGGACUUAAGCACUCAAACAGCACAUGUAAUGUAAACAAGGAAGUACACCAACUGAAAUUGUUUAAGAAAUAGUUUUCUAACAGGCCUAUUCUCAGAAUCAAUUGAGCUUCCCAAAAAACCAUAGGGAAAUUAUAAUGAAACCUUUUGUUUUUGUUUGAGAGUUUUAGCUAAUUGAGCUACAUACUCCCAUCUAUUUCAUUAUACACUAAAUGGCAUAGCCACAAAGUUUGGUUCGGCAGCCAAAGUCUAAAUUGGCCAUAUCAUAACAAUUUAAUAAAACCAACAUUUUCUUUCCAGUCUUAAUUCGAGGACUAGCAUAACAUUAUAUUUUUUAGACUGAAGACAUAGCCAGGUUUAUGACUUUAUGGCUGUAAAAGCUUGAAACGACCCUCCCUCCACCACCUUGAUUCAGAGCCGUAACUCCCCAAGAUCAAAACAGUCCUGUCCCCAACACUAAGCCCGGGGACGAAGUUGACCUACAGGGAGCAUGUGGAGCACAUCCUUCCCCCAGGGCUGCCUGUUCCAACACGUUCCAGAUCCACCGUUCUGUGUGUGUGUGUGUCAUUUACAGCUGAUCAGCCUGCUUAUAUGCUUGCAUCACAUUCUGUAUCCAGGCUUUUCCGUUUAAGAACCGAAGACGGAUGUCAGUGUGUCGAAGGGGGAGUAGAUACAUCAACUGGAUGACAUGACUGCUCAUUAAUACAUUGAAACAUGGUGUGUGCUGUGCAAUAUACCUUUGUGGUAGUAGCUGUGCAUAUUAAAUACAUCUUUCUUGUUUAUUGACAAUGGAAUUGUUGUACUGUAUAUAGCGUGCUGCGUGUCAGCGGUUUACAUACUUUUUUCAGGUGACACACUAUCGUGCCCCAAAUGACAGAAAACGGUUGUUGUAAGAAGUGCUUGUUUUUGCCUCCCGUAGAGCCGGCCCUGUUUCUGUUUUAAUCUCCUGCUACGACCUCAUGGGUCAGGACCUAGACUUUGAAAAACACUGCUGUAUAUUCAUUGCAGGAGUGUUUGUGGAGUGUACCUUUUGUACUAGCUCAAUGACUGACUUUUUACCAUUUGGCAGAUUUCUUGUUCUUAAAAGUAUCUUGCUUUCCAAGUGAAACAGUUUAAUUUCAUGACGUAUGAGCGUAAAUUACAGUAGAAAGAAAUGGAAUGAUUGUGAAAUGUUUUUCUCAUUCAUUUUUUUCCUAAUUUCUCAUUAAUGUUUGUCUUCAA